AUGGCUACAGACCAGCAGGUCGAUGUCCUGUUGUACGGACUCGGAGCGAUCGGGUCGUUCUAUGCGUUCAUUCUGAGCAGAGUCCCUUGCGUGAGGUUGACGGUCGUCGCGCGGUCAAACUACGACGCCGUCAAGGAGAACGGAAUCAUCAUCACCAGCGAAAACCACGGCGAACACACCGUCCGCCCAUUCAAAGUCGUGAAAACCGCGGCCGAGGCAGACGCCAAGUUCGAUUUCAUCGUUUGCGCCCACAAAGCCAUCACCCAGGAUGCCGUCCCGGCGCAGAUUGCCCCAGCGGUGGACGAGAGCAGAUCGACAAUCGUCAUCAUCCAGAACGGCGUCGGCAACGAGGUGCCCUUCCGCACGGCGUUCCCCCACGCGACAAUCAUCUCCUGUGUGACCUGGACCGGAGCUGCCCAGCCGCAGCCGGGACAUAUCAGGCAUACAAAGUCCGAGGAUAUGCAGAUCGGCCUGUACCCCAACGAGGCAGACCCAUCGGUCGAGAGACAACGCCUGGACAGCUUCGCCGCGUUGUUGACCGAGGGCAACACCGUCUUCCAGGUCGUGCCCGACAUCCAGGUCCAGCGGUGGGAAAAGGUGGUGUGGAACGCCGCCUGGAACUCCCUCACGACGCUGACGCUCCUCGACACCCACUCCUGGCUCGGCUCGUCCCCGGACGCGACGCCCAUGACCCGGCGCCUCAUGGGCGAGGUCGUCGACGUCGCCCGCGCCUGCGGCGUGCCCCUCGACCACGGCCUCGUCGACACGCUCAUCGACAAGAUCCUGGCGAUGCAGCCCAUCGGCAGCAGCAUGCAGAACGACUUCAAGGCCGGGCGGCCGAUGGAGGUCGACAUCAUCCUCGGGUAUCCGUACCGGAAGGGCAAGGAGCUGGGGAUUGCCACGCCGACGCUGGACACCAUCUAUGUCAUCUUGACUGGGACAAACUUGCGGCUGCUGAGGGAAUCUGGGAGGUAG